AUGCGUGGGAUCCAGAUUGCUGAAUAUGUCAAGACUCCCAACGAGCUCAAGGUGACGGAGCUCCCCGACCCGUCACCCAAGCCGAAUGAGUACGUCGUGCAGGUCCACGGCGCGGCGGCCAAUUUCUUCGACAUCCUCCAGAUCCAGGGCAAAUACCAGAACCAGCCACCCUUCCCAUGGGUCGCCGGCUCCGAGUUCUCGGGCGUCGUCGUCUCCGUCCCGGCCAACUCGAGCUCCCCCCGCUUCCCGGUGGGCAGCCGCGUCUUCGGCGCCAGCCAGGGCGCAUUCGCGACCAAGCUGGCCGUCCCCGAGAGCGCCCUGCUCCCCGUGCCCGAGGGCUGGUCGUUCCAGGAGGCGGCGGGCCUGUUCGUCACCGCGCCCACCAGCUACGGCGCGCUGGUCGUCCGGGCGGGCGUCAAGGCCGGUGACAUUGUGCUGGUCCACGCGGCUGCGGGGGGUGUCGGCCUGGCCGCUGUUCAAGUCGCCAAGGCAUUCGGCGCAACCGUCAUCGCAACAGCCUCAACAGAGCACAAGCUCGAGAUCGCGAAGCGCUUCGGCGCCGACCACGUGGUCUCCUACACCGACAAGUCGUGGCCGCAGCAGGUAAAGGCCCUGACCCCCAAGGGCCGGGGCGUUGACAUCGUCUACGACCCCGUGGGGCUCGUGGACCUCUCCACCAAGUGCACCGCCUGGAACGGGCGCAUCCUCGUCGUCGGCUUCGCGGCCGGCAGCAUCGAGAAGGUGCCCACCAACAAGUUCCUGCUCAAGAACAUCUCGCUCGUGGGCAUCCACUGGGGCGCGUACACCCGGAACGAGCCCGAGACGAUCCUCACCGUCUGGAAGGGCAUCAUGGACCUGGUCAAGGCCGGGAAGCUCAAGGGGACCGAGUACUCGGACCAGGAGUUUGUUGGCUUGGAGAAGGUCUCGGAUGCGCUGACCGCGCUGGGGAGCCGUGGGACAUGGGGCAAGGUUGUGAUCAAAGUUCCCCAGGAGGGAAGCAGCAAGCUUUAA